CUCAUCAUCCGAUCCAACAGCGCCACGGAUCCGCCAUUGACGGAGCCUUGAAUCUGAAAUUACCAAAAUAUCCUCAAGCAUAUAAAAAACCCAUAGAUGGUUCUGUACGGCACCGCUUUCUUCAAAGUGCCCUUGUGUUCGUGGGCUUCUCCGUCGUCAUCGUUGGACUUUGAUACACUCGCUUCUUCUCUGUUCCCUCGCAGACGCAAAUCUCUUGGAAGCUCUCGGAGAUUCCGAAGGAAGAGGAUUGGGUUCAGGGCCAUGCCUUGUUCUUCCUCCGACACAUUGACGGCGUCUCGCGGCGGUUCUGUCGUCGGCGGCGGCGGGGAGAAUGCUCCUCUCGCUAAUUUCAGACUGAACGAGUCGCCCUUCCUGGCCUCUCUCAUGCCGAAGAAAGAAAUCGGCGUCGAUCGCUUCCUCCAAGCUCAUCCCGAGUACGACGGCCGCGGCGUCAUCAUCGCUAUCUUCGAUUCUGGUGUAGAUCCAGCUGCUGCUGGCUUGCAAGUUACAUCUGAUGGAAAGCCGAAGAUUUUAGACGUUAUAGACUGUACCGGAAGUGGGGAUAUAGAUACAUCCACAGUGGUGAAAGCCGAUGGAAAUGGUCGGAUUCAUGGGGCAUCAGGGGCGCUUUUGACUGUAAACUCUUCGUGGAAAAACCCUUCUGGAGAAUGGCGUGUUGGUUGCAAGUUGGUUUACGAGCUAUUCACAUCCGACUUAACUUCUCGUUUGAAGAAAGAGAGAAGGAAGAAAUGGGAAGAGAAAAAUCAGGAAGAAAUUGCCAAGGCUGUGAAGAAUCUUUACGAAUUUGAUCAGAAGCACAGCAAAGUGGAAGAUGUAAAACUAAAGAAGAUCCGUGAAGACCUGCAAAGCAAGGUUGAUUUUUUGAAGAAACAAGCCGAUAAUUAUGACGACAAAGGACCUGUUAUUGAUGCUGUAGUAUGGCAUGAUGGUGAAGUAUGGAGGGUUGCUCUCGACACCCAAAGUCUUGAAGAGGAUCCAAAUUGUGGAAAACUAGCUGAUUUCACCCCAUUAACUAACUAUCGAAUUGAGCGGAAGUAUGGUAUGUUUAGUCGAUUGGAUGCAUGCUCCUUUGUUGCCAACGUAUACGAUGAGGGGAACACACUAAGCAUUGUAACGGAUAGUUCUCCGCAUGGUACUCAUGUUGCUGGAAUAGCUACUGCCUACCACCCUGAGGAGCACUUGUUGAAUGGAGUGGCACCUGGUGCGCAGAUAAUAUCUUGCAAAAUUGGAGACUCACGCUUAGGUUCAAUGGAGACUGGAACUGGCUUGACACGGGCCUUGAUAGCGGCUUUGGAGCAUAAAUGUGAUCUUGUCAACAUGAGUUAUGGAGAGCCGUCACUACUUCCGGGCUACGGACGCUUUGUUGAUCUUGUUACUGAAGCUGUGAACAAGCAACGCCUUAUAUUUGUAAGUAGUGCUGGCAACAGUGGUCCAGCAUUGACGACAGUUGGUGCACCCGGUGGAACAACUUCCAGUAUCAUCGGUGUUGGUGCAUAUGUGUCUCCUGCAAUGGCUGCUGGUGCCCAUUCAGUGGUGGAACCUCCCUGUGAGGGGCUAGAAUACACUUGGUCAAGUCGGGGACCAACCUCUGAUGGGGAUCUUGGUGUAAGCAUAAGUGCACCUGGUGGGGCAGUUGCUCCUGUUCCUACAUGGACACUGCAAAGACGAAUGCUUAUGAAUGGAACAUCAAUGGCAUCUCCCUGUGCUUGUGGAGCAAUUGCAUUACUUCUCAGUGCUUUAAAGGCUCAAGGCAUUCAAGUGAGCCCUUACAGUGUGAGGAGGGCCAUUGAGAAUUCAUCUGAAUCUGUAGGUGAUCUACCUGAAGACAAACUAACCACUGGACAGGGUCUUAUACAAGUUGACAAGGCAUACGAAUACUUAAAAGAAUUUCAGGACUGUCCGUCUGUCUUCUAUCAAAUCAAGGUCAAUCUCUCUGGAAAAACAACUCCCACAGCACGAGGGGUCUACCUGCGGGAGGCUACUGAUUGCAGACAAUCUACUGAGUGGACGGUACAAGUUGAACCAAAAUUCCACGAAGGCGCCAGUAAUUUAAAGGACAUUGUCCCAUUUGAGGAAUGUAUUAAGUUGGCCUCUACAGAUGAAGGAGUUGUAAGAGUUCCUGAGUAUCUCCUGCUCACUCAUAAUGGGCGCAGCUUCAACGUGGUUGUUGAUCCUACAAAUCUCAGCAAUGGUGUGCAUUACUUUGAAGUGUAUGGGAUUGAUUGCAAAACGCCAGAGCGUGGCCCAGUUUUCAGAAUCCCUGUUACCAUAAUAAAGCCCAACAUGGUGACAAAACAACCUCCGGUGAUUUCAUUUCCGCAAAUGUCAUUCAUCGCAGGCCACAUUGAACGAAGAUACAUAGAGGUCCCACAUGGAGCAACAUGGGUUGAGGCUACGAUAAGAACUUCUGGGUUUGAUACCACUCGGCGAUUUUUCAUUGACACACUUCAGCUAUGUCCACUGCAAAGGCCUAUAAAGUGGGAGAACGUUGCGACGUUCUCAUCUCCAUCUGCUAAAAGCUUUUCAUUUCCUGUGGUUGGUGGUCAAACCAUGGAAUUAGCAGUAGCUCAAUUCUGGUCUAGUGGCCUAGGAAGUCACGAACCAACUAUUGUUGAUUUUGAGAUUGCAUUCCAUGGCAUUGAUGUUGAUAAAGAAGAGCUGAUACUCGAUGGAAGUGAAGCACCGAUUAAAAUUGAAGCUGAAGCGCUUCUAGCUUCUGAAAAGCUUGUUCCCACGGCUGUUCUUAACAAGAUACGAGUUCCAUAUCGACCUGUUGAUACAAAGCUCAAGACUCUAUCAACCAGCCGUGACAGACUACCGUCAGGCAACCAGAUAUUAGCAUUGACAUUAACUUACAAGUUCAAAUUGGAAGAUGGAGCUGAAGUGAAGCCGUACGUACCAUUGUUGAAUAAUCGUAUAUAUGACAACAAAUUUGAAUCCCAGUUUUAUAUGAUCUCUGAUGCAAACAAGCGUGUAUAUGCAAUGGGUGAUGUUUAUCCAGAGGCUACAAUACUUCCUAAGGGAGAAUAUAUUCUGCAGCUAUAUCUGCGGCAUGAAAAUGUGCAGUUGCUGGAAAAGUUGAAGCAACUUGUUUUGUUUAUCGAAAGAAAUUUGGCAGAAAAGGAGGUUAUUCGGCUGAACUUCUAUUCAGAACCAGACGGUUGUGUCAUGGGAAAUGGUGCAUUUAAAUCAUCUGUUUUAAUUCCUGGGAAAAAGGAAGCGUUUUAUGUGAGCCAACCGAUGACGGAUAAGCUGCCCAAGAAUGCGCCUCAAGGAUCUGUGUUGCUGGGAGAUAUCUCACAUGGGAAAUUAUCAUUUGAUGAUAAAGAAGGGAAAAAUCCGAAAGAUAAUCCUGUUUCUUAUCAGAUAUCUUAUGUUGUUCCACCAAACAAGACUGAGGAAGAACAAGGGAAAUCUUCUGCUCCAACUAGCACUAAAUCUGUAUCGGAGCGCAUGGAGGAAGAGAUUCGUGACACAAAGAUCAAGUUUCUCGGAAGCCUAAAACAAGGAACUGAGGAAGAGCGUUCAGAAUGGAAAAAGCUGUGUGAUUGUCUUAAGUCUGAAUACCCAAAGUAUACUCCAUUGCUCGCUAAGAUCUUGGAAGGUCUGCUUUCUCGAUCUGAUGCUGAGGACAAAAUCAAUCACCAUGAAAAGGUUAUAGAUGCAGCAAACGAAGUGAUAGACAGUAUCGACAGGGAUGAGUUGGCAAGAUUUUUGCCUCUCAAUAACGAUCCAGAUGAUGAGGAAGCUGAGAACAUAAAGAAGAAGAUGGAGAUGACCCGUGAUCAGCUGGCAGAGGCGUUGUACCAGAAAGGGUUAGCUAUGGUGGCCAUCGAGAAUCUGAAGGCGGAAAAGGAAGAAGAAGAAGAAGAAAGCGGCGGCCGGAAAGAUCUAUUCGAAGAGAACUUCAAAGAACUGAUGAAAUGGGUCGAUGUGAAAUCGUCCAAGUUCGGUAAACUCAGUGUCCUACGCGAGAAACGGCUGUCACGCCUCGGGAUCGCGCUGAAGGUGUUGGAGGAAAUGAUUCAGAGCGAGAAUGAGCUUCCGAAGAAGAAGCUGUACGAAAUGAGGCUGAAUUUGCUGGAGGAGUUGGGUUGGAGCCACUUGGUGGCCUAUGAAAGGCAAUGGAUGCUGGUCCGUUUCCCCACAAGCUCCCCUCUCUUUUAGAAAAAAAGCUUUUCGUCGGGAAAUUUCAUCAAAUUUGUCACAUUUUAGAUUUAAAAAAAUAAAUAAAGGGUUUUCUUGUAGAAAGAUCCGUGAUCUUCUGCAAAACACAUAAUUUUGUGACUUCCUAGGGUUUCUUUUCGUGGUCUGUUUGGACAUGUGUGAUCCUUACAUUAAGUCCUCAUGUUCUGGUCCAAUUUUAUUGUCAGUUUUCUUUUUGUUUGAGAUUUUAUAUUACGUUAUCCGGAUUCUCGAUGAUACGAGAAAGACUAUUGGUGGGA